GGCAUCAUACGUUCUACAACGAACUACGAGUUGCUCCUGAAAAACACCCGGUUCUCCUCACAGAAGCUCCUGUGAACCCAAAAGCAAACAGGGAAAAAAGAUGACCCAGGUUGUUUUGCAGAUCAUGUUUGAGACUUUCAACACCCCAGCUAUGUAUGUAGCUAUCCAGGCUGUGUUGUCUUUGUAUGCCUCUGGUCGUACCACUGGUAUUGUUUUGGACAGUGGUGAUGGUGUCAGCCACACAGUGCCAUUUUAUGAAUGUUACGCCCUUCCCCAUGCCAUCCUUCGUCUUGACUUAGCAGGGAGAGAUCUGACUGACUACCUCAUGAAGAUCCUGACAGAGAAAGGCUACUCUUUUACAACCACUGCUGAGCGUGAAAUUGUGCGUGACAUCAAAGAAAAGCUGUGCUAUGUUGCCUUGGACUUUGAACAGGAGAUGCAGACUGCUGCCUCAAGCUCCAGCCUUGAGAAAAGCUACGAGCUCCCUGAUGGACAGGUGAUCACUAUUGGAAUUGAGCGAUUCCGCUGCCCAGAGGCAUUUUUCCAACCUUCUUUCCUUGGUAUGGAAAAUGCUGGUAUCCAUGAGACCACCUACAACUGUAUCACGGAGUGUGAUGUCGACAUCCGUAAGGAUCUCUAUGCCAACACUGUCCUCUCUGGCGCUUCAACCAUGUACCCAGGUAUUGCUGACCGAAUGCAGAAAUAAAUUGCUGCUCUUGCCCUACCAACCAUGAAGAUCAAGAUCGUUGCUCCACCCGAGCGCAAGUACUCUGUUUGGAUUGGAGGCUCCAUACUGGCUUCCCUAUCAACUUUCCAACAGAUGUGGAUCUCCUAACAGGAACAUGAAGAAUCUGGUCCAUCUAUUGUGCACCGCAAGUGCUUCUAAAUGUUAUGGAGUAUGUGAACAGUUAUGUUUCAGUUGCCAUAUACCAGAGUGGUAUUCUACUGCUACAGUGGGGAAAAAUCCUCAAAAUAAUGAGUGUGAGAGUGUAUAAAAUUUUGUAAAGAGCUAUAAUAUUAUAUUGAUUAUUUGAAAUUGGACAGACUAUGUGUAGUUGGUGGAGUUUUAGAAGGUUUGAUAAAACUCUGUACAAAUUGCAGAUGUGUGUGCUGGUUAAUUUCUCCUUGAUGCCAAAUUCUUUGAGGUCAUUAGAAAAUAAACAUAACCUAACA